AUGCAUGACCUCGAGGAUAACAGAGGCAGAAAUGCCGCCGAAGAUGCCGCCUCUGAGCCUCCCUUCUUGUCUCUUGACGGAACCACAGAACCCAAACCAAGGGCUAAUCCUCUCCAUGCCAUCGCAUGGAUGGUUGUCAAUACUCUGGCGACAGUUGGCAUAGUCUUCACUAACAAGGCCAUCUUCUCGGAGCAGCGGUGGAAGCAAUCUCAGCUUACGUUUGCUUUUAUCCAUUUCCUCAUGACUUGGUUUCUCCUUUUUGUUCUCUCUCGAUCACCAUUUGGCGUCUUCGUCCCUCGUCGUGCUCCUAGACUGCACCUGAUCCCUCUGGGUUCCGCGAUGUGCUUCAACGUCAUUCUGCCGAAUCUAUCGUUGGCCUACUCAACCGUCACAUUUUACCAAAUUGCACGCAUACUGCUGACACCAACGGUCGCCAUCAUGAACUUCGUUCUAUACGGCAGCAGUCUUCCUAGAGGAGCUACUUUCUCCCUAAUCCCCGCCUGCGUAGGCGUCGGUUUGGUUACAUACUUCGAUUCCAUUCCAGUGGACGACCAAGCCAUCAAGACCACAUCUAGGUUGGGAAUUAUAUUUGCGUUUACAGGCAUCUUUGCUUCCUCUCUUUACACGGUCUGGAUUGCCGGCUAUCAUCGUAAACUCAACAUGAACAGCAUGCAACUUCUCUACCUUCAAGCGCCAAUGGCCUGCUUCUUUCUCCUCUUCUUCAUUCCCCUUGUCGAUGAUUUUUCAGGCGCCAUGUAUGUGCCAACUCGACUGAGCACACGAGUGCUUGUUAUCGUAUCCACAGUGUUUGCUUCACUGGUCAAUAUUUCUCAAUUCUACAUUGUAGCACAAACGGGUCCCGUAUCGAGCACAGUUGUCGGCCACGUCAAGACUUGCACCAUCGUGGGUCUUGGAUGGGCCAUGUCUGGUCGUGCGGUCAGUGAUAAAUCCGCAGUUGGAGUUGUGAUAGCAGUAGCAGGCAUCACUUCAUACUCGAUCAUCAUGUUAAAGAACAAGAAGAUGAAAACAAAUAGAUCUCAGUCCACAGGUGAGAAGUGA